AUGGCAGUCAUCGCAGUCGCUGGAGGAACUGGCAAUGUUGGCCGAACCAUCGUUGAGGCCAUCGUCGCUGCCGGCAAGCACGAUGUCAAGAUUCUGGCCAGAAAGGCCAAUCCUGAGUUGGAGAAGCAAGUAGGCGCAUCCAUCAUUGCUGUGGACUACGCGAACAUCGAAGCCACCACGAAGGCUCUUGAAGACAACAACGUGCACACCGUUAUCUCAACCAUCAACAUGAUGCCUCCGUCGGGUGAGGCGCCGCCGGAGAUUGAGCUCAUUCGCGCUGCCGACGCAUCCAAGACGACGAAGAGGAUCAUUUCCAGUGGUUGGGGCAUUCCUCACAACGAGGGGCAAGCCGGCAUGUUUCCGUCGGUCCCAAACAAGCUCAAGGCUCAAUCUUUCCUGAGAAAUGAGACCAAAGACCUUGAGCACACUGUGGUUCACAAUGGCUUCUUCCUGGAUUACUGGGGUCCUCAAGCCGAAAAGUCGAACAUGACCCCCGUCACUUUGUUCUUUGACAUUCCCGGAAACGCCGCCGCCAUCCCUGGUUCUGGAAACACACCCAUUGCGUUUACGCACACAAAUGAUGUCGCCAAGUUGGUAGCUGCGUCUUUGGACUUGGAGAAGUGGGAGCCCGACACGUACAUUGUGGGCGACAAGGUCACUGCGAACGAGUUUCUUCAGCUGGCAGAAACUGCGAAAGGCACUAAGUUCGACGUUGCUUAUGACAGCGUCGAGAAUCUGAAGGCUGGAAAGCCCACGGAACUUCCUGGACAGAUCCCGGCAUACGCCUUCUUCCCUAAGGAGGCUUACCAGGGUAUGGCUGCAGUGUUUGGACUGUGGUUUGACGAUGGCACUUUCGAUAUCCCGCCCGCUGGUCAAAAGACUUUGAACGAUGUUUUCCCAGAGAUCAAGGCCUGGACGGUCAAGGACAUCCUCAACAAGGCUUGGAAGAAGGCAUGA